AGAAGACAGGGUCGACCACGAGCUAUGAAGGUGUCCUGAAAGCCGACGCUUUUCCGGAGGCGAGUUUCCCUCGUCUUUCAGGCAGAUUUGAUGUACGUUGGUUUCCGGAGCAGGUACGCCAGGAAGUAACGGAGGAAGUUUCAGUUAAAUCCUGGACGAGAUGACGUCCGACAUGAUUCGCUUGACGAGUAUGCUGUUGUUCUUCCUAUGGUGUCCCGGCGUAAUAAAAUCGUACACCAUCGUACCCUGCACAUUUAACACUAUGUGCAUGUGCUGGGUCCAGGACGAUGACGACGACUUUACGAAGAUGGACAUUAGCUGCAUGGGAGUCCAGUUCGCGCGAUUUCCUGAUGUAUCGGUGAGUUACGUGGCACAGUUGGAUAUCGCCGGCUCCGGGAUGCAAGUGUUGGACAAUGAUGCGCUUGCAAGCUCCGCGGGUGUCGAAGGUUUGGGACUGAUGAGCAAUCGAUUAUCCAGCAUCGGCGACAAAUCGCUGUUAGGGAUCACGGACAGUCUACGCUCGCUGGACCUGAGUUACAACUCCCUCGAGGACGUGCCUUUCAAGGCUUUUCGCGAUCUUAGAAAAUUGAACUGGCUCAACAUGCACAGCAAUCACUUAACAUCACUUGAUGGCGACUGGGGCCGCACUAGAGAGACUUUGACGAAUGCAUUCUUUGGUGACAACUCAAUCACCGAAGUACCCAAAAUCUUCUCGAGUUUCGACACGCUAGUAUGGCUGAAUCUGGACAGCAACAAUAUUGAAGAGCUCUCUAAGGAUUCUUUACCGCCGAACAUGCACACUCUGAGCAUCAACAAUAAUCUGCUGAAGGAAUUCCCGCAAUCCCUGGGCGAUCUCAAAGGCCUGACCUGGCUGUACAUGAGAGGCAACGAUUUCAAAUCUCUGGAAUUACCGGAUUUCCGCAGCUUCAAUCUCGAACUGAUCGACGUCAGCGAGAAUUCCAUCGAGUGGAUGAAGACAUCCUUGCGCUUGAGCUUGAACAAUCGCACACUGAACAUAAAGGACUUCAAUCUCGCAGGAAACAAACUGGCCUCGUUGCCAGGCAAAAUGUUUGAUCGUUUAAAGAUCAGAAGGAUCCAUUUAUCAUCGAACAGUAUCAGAAACGUCGACAACGAAGCCUUUCACGGUCUGGAAGACACUCUCGAGUAUUUGAACUUGGAGAACAACGAUCUUCCGGCGGUACCAGGUGCAGUCAGUCAGCUGCGGACGCUGUCAUAUCUUUACUUGGCUAACAAUGAGAUCAGAAACAUCUCCGGCGAUGCCUUCCAGGAAUUUGCGGAGCAUUUGAAGGCCCUAUCUCUCGCGACUAACAGUUUGGAUGCUGUACCUGUGGCCGCUUUAUCCAGAUGCCAGAGGCUACUGCACUUGAAUCUCGGUUACAACAAGAUCUCCCACGUAGAGCCGGGUGAUUUCGAGUGGGCCGAGGACCUUGAGAUCCUGCUGCUCAGGAAUAAUAUCCUGACGAAACUGAAAGCCGAGACCUUCAAGGGAGCAGGCAAAUUGAAAGAACUCAGUUUGUCCUUUAAUCAUUUGACGGAACUUGACGAUGACUGCUUCGUCGGCAUCGAGGAGAGUCUCGAUAUUCUCGAAUUGAGUUUCGCCUUCGCUACGGACGUCUUUCCUCAACGAGCACUUAGGCCACUCUCAAACCUCUUGUGGCUGGUUCUAGACAACAAUAAUUUCCAGACAAUCGAGGCGACGGCUUUUUAUUCCUUCCAGCAAUUGCGUUACAUUAACAUGGAAUCCAACAGACUGCACUACCUGCCUGAGAGGAUAUUCCUCUCGAGUGUGCAUCCUGAGUUGAGGGAUGUCAAGCUGGGAUACAACUUCCUCGAAGCGAUUCCCGAGUCGAGUUUCCACAAUCUAACCGAGCUGCGCUCUCUUGAUCUCACCGGCAAUCGAAUAAAACUCCUGGCGUCUGGCUCCAUUAUGGAUUGUCCGAAGCUGGUGACGAUCUCGUUGGCUUACAACAGGAUACAGAGGAUGGAGAGAAACGCUCUCUACGGUCUAGCCAGCCUACGUUUCCUGCAUCUGGAAUUCAACAAGCUGACCGCGCUGGAUCUGGGCGCGAUCGCUGAGAUCGGCGGUCCCGACUUUGCCCUGAACGUCUCGUACAACGCGAUCGCAUACGUCGACUCGGGAUCCACGAUGAACAAUCUCACCAGACUGGACCUCAGUUUCAACAACAUCAGCCACUUGUCAGCGGACACGUUCUACGGCACGCCCGACUUGAAGAGCCUGAAUUUGCGCAGCAAUUUUCUCACGACGAUCGAUCCAGGAACAUUCGCGCUUUCUCAUCUGGAAAUUCUGGACCUAAGCGAGAAUAGAAUAGACACGUUGCGCAAGCAAUCCUUCCAUGGCCUGGAAUCCCUGCAGCGGCUGGACCUAAGCGGUAAUGACAUCGUGCAGCUGUCCCCGGGGCAGUUCAGGAACCUAAAGAACCUGAGGAUCCUGAACUUCUCGCACAACAAGAUCCGCUCGUUGCUGAAAGACGUUUUCGAGGGUACCAGACUGGAGAUCCUUGACCUCAGUCACAACAAAUUCACUGUCGUGCCGUCACCGUCGUUUCUGGAGGUCGGCUACACGCUGAGGGAUCUCAAUAUGGCGGAGAACUUCCUGGAUCACCUGGACUCGACCGCAUUUCCGACGUCCCAGCUGGUAUCCCUGAAUCUGGUGCAGAACCGCCUCACCAUUCUUCCAGACAAUUCUUUCGUUUCCCUCGGGAAAUUACUGAGUUUGAACGUAUCUCAGAAUGUCCUCCAGGCGAACUUCAAGGAGCUAUUUCAUUACCUACCGGAUCUUCGGCAGCUUUAUUUGGCCAACUGUGGUCUUAGGAGUGUGCCGUUGCUGCCGUUAACGAAUCUGAAUAUUCUAGACUUAUCCUUUAACAAUAUCGACGAAACCAUCGACAAACAGUUUCAGUAUCUGGAGAGCCUGAAGAUCCUUUUCCUGAUGAACAACUCGUUGACGUCGAUGCCCGGCGUUAGAAUGAGCCUUUUGAGAGAACUCGACGUUUCCGGCAAUCCUAUCGAGGAACUGACAAAGGAAAGCUUCUUGGGUUAUCCAAGGCUAGAAAAAUUAAACCUAAGGAACCUGAAUCGCACCAGAUCGGUAGACAAGGAUUGUCUGCGACCUCUGAAGUACCUGAAACACCUGCGUAUCCAGACGUGGCCGCAGGCCGACGGAUUUCAUCUGCGUCAGCUACUGUCCGGCCUGCCGCUUCGUACAGUCGAGAUUCAGGUGACGGAGCACUUGCUGAAGCAUCAGAUACAAAACGUGUUCACGAAACAACUGAGGGAGUUGACGAUCACCGGAAGCGACCUCGAGUUGAUCUCAUCUGAGGCAUUCUCCACCAUCGAGGGCGGAGAACUGAUACUGCGAAUCAAGGACACGCACGUCCAACGACUUCAGUCCGAUAUCUUUUUGUCGUUGACGAAGAGAUUGUCGCAGCUUACUCUGGACCUGAGAAACAACCAUAUCAAUGAACUGAGCCCGUCAAUAAUUUACGGAAAUCAUUCCUGGGAGACUGUGGGGACCAACAUGGUGGCUGGCGGACUGCAAGUAUCUGGAAAUCCGCUCGAGUGUGAUUGCGAGAUCGCCUGGCUGAGCCUGUGGUUGCGCAGGUGGCUCAGGGAGUCCCGACAGAUUCACACUGCGUCACAAUCAGAUGCUAGACAAUUAAGAACCAUCGCUGGGAAGGCCGUGUGCACCGAGACAACUCCGUCUUACUCUUCCGACAAGGUUCUUUUAACUUUGGGCACACCGCACACUGCCUGCCAGGCCUCCGCCCUCAGUUCAGGAAACUAUGAGAGACUGGCGACAGCUUGGCUGGCCUUCGUUAAGUUCUUCAUCCUCGUUUUCGUCGCGAAUUAACUAUGAGUUUUCCGGGCCUAAUCUUCUAGACAUGUCUUCAACAUCGAUGUAGAAAUGUCAACAAGUAUUUUCGUUAAGGAAACCCUUCCUUACGAAAGACUGAUUUGUUUCUAAACGUAGAAUUUGAUUUCAAAAUAACAAGAGCAACAUGUAAAAAUAAUACUGAAAUUUUUAAAUACUUUCAAUAUCGUUGUAAAAUGUAAUGCCGUGCAAGAUAAUUAAUUCCGCGAUUUGCAUUAACACCAGAAUGAUUUUUACAAGGCCUCUUUUCAUGUUACGAAUACCUAAUGUUAAAAAAUAUGUCCUAAUGGACAUAUUUACAUUUACAUUUCGUACAUCGCAUGUACAUAUUUCACGCGACAUUGUGGUGUUCACUUCGUAUUUCCAACGUUGCUAAGGUAUCAUUAACUAAAAAAAGGCGUCAUACAUUACAUAAGAGUUUAAGAUUCCGAUGUGAUUGAUUCAUAGAUCAAAAGUGAGAAGAAACUCCAAUAAUUUAAGCAAUUUCCACAAGAUUGCGAGAAGUUUAAUAUUAGAAAGAUACGCGUGUAGAAAAAAAAGUCCACAAAGAAACUGUCUGCGAAGAAACGUGGGCGUGAAAAUAUUUCCAACAGUGUGAUUUUUUAAAUGUAAACGUUAGCAAUAAACAUAAUUAAAUAA